AAGCGAAGGAUGUCUCUUCAGGAGAUCUUCUGGAGACCGUCAGCUGUCACUGCUGUUUUGGUGCUUCUAACACUUCUCUUCUGCAGAGGACCCGUCUUAUAAAGCUCUACGGAGUGGAGAAGUUUCAAUGUGUGAGACAAAAACUGGCUUUUUUUGCAUAUGAACCCCAAAAGACCAAUUCUGCUGGAGGCGUAACACAAGGGUCAGUCUCUACACCCGUCAUAAAGGUGAUGUCAAAUGUAAGCAGCAGGGUGGUGUUACAGUGUGAGUCUGCAGGCUGGUAUCCAGAGCCUGAGCUGCUGUGGUUGGACGGUGAGGGAAACCUCCUCUCUGCUGGACCUACAGAGACCCUCAGAGGUCCUGAUGACCUCUAUACUGUCAGCAGCAGAGUGAUUGUGGAGAAGAGACACAGCAACAACAUCACCUGCAGAGUCCAACAGAGGAACACCAACCAGAGCAGAGAGACACACAUACAUGUUCCAGGCUCUGCUGUCAGGAAGGAACCAUCGGCCACUUUCAUCAUCGUGAUCAUUGGCCUGCUGUACGUUGGUGCUGUUAUCGCUUUCGUUUGGAAUUUCAUCCUAUCAAAAAAACCUGACACCAAGGUGAAUGAAACUGAGCUGAAAACAAUGAAACAAAAAGGCAGCAGAGCUCGUGGUGACGACACUGAGACCAAAGAAAUAAAAGAAGAGCCGCCAUCAGAACAGCUGGAAGACGACACAUCUGCUGUUGACAUGAGUGAGGUGAUCAAAGAGGGCGAGGAAAACCAGGAAACAGAGACUCAGAGUACGGCACAGUCAGCCUUAACCAGCAGUGAAAACUAAAGAACAAGAAGCUCUCUGAGAGCACAAACCUCAGGCAGCUCAUUGACUGUGCAGUGCUUACUUUUAAGCAAGAAUAGUGUAUUUUUAUAUAACAUUACACUGGAGUAGGAUAAUAAGUAUGUGUAAAUAAAUGGACAUUAAUGACUUGAACUUAUUAUGUAAUAUUGUACUGCAUUAUAUUUAUAACUAACAUUUAUUUAUAAGUAACUCAUUCAUUCCCCGGACAAUACUUUAAAGAUUUAACACAUUUUUGGGUCAACGUAAAAGAAAGAUAGAUGUGAAAUGUAAAAGUGAGGUCAGAGGUCAAAUGUGACAUCAUAUGUGACAUUAACGAUACACACAUACACACCACACUUGUAAGAAUCAUAAAGUUUAACUCUUUUUUGUUAGUUUUCCAUCAGUAAACCAUCAAACAUGACCCCACUCUGAAUCCCUGAAAAGUUCUAUCAGAAGUCAUUCAAACUUUUCCAGCUCUGGUGUUUACAGAUGCAAUGACCCACAGAGACGAUCAGAUGAUAGAAAAGUCCAAACUCAUGAUGUUUUUAAUUGCGUUUCACUUUCAGUUACUUUUUUGUUUUUGAUUAUCUGCUGACAAUUCAUUUCACUUUUCUUAAUGCAGCAUCAAAUCACAUCAGCAGUGAACUUCCAGGUUAACACAUUACAUUGUGUGUUCCCACUAGAGGGAGCUACAUAGCUGCUGCUAUGACUCCAGGAUAAAGCAGGUUGUGUUUACAGCACAGCAAAGAGCCAGAGGACAUACAAAGAUGUUCAGAAAUAUAAAAUGUGGAGCUUCCUGUUGAUGUGACCUUCCUCUUGUGCAUUUGGUUUUGUGGUUCUUCUUUGGGCGUCGACUGUAUCUCUGUCAAAGCUGAUGGAUGGUUAGAGGGUCGUGAUUGUUGAUUUCUUGAUGCCAACACAAUCAGAUGAUCCCAAAGACACCAGUGUGUGUUUUUAAAUGAGUCAGUGUGGAGUAAAGUUCCUUUACUGUUUAAUGGUACAGUGUGCCACACAUGUUUUCAUCUGUUUUCUCUAAUGUGUGUCAUUGCCUCCUGUUUAAAGCCACAUUUAUGGGCCAUCCAGGCACUAUGUGUUUGUUUUUGUGUUGUUUCUCUUGGUUUUGUAAAUGAUUUCUGUUUUUGUAAAUAAAGUUUCUAAGUUACUCCCUUAUUCUGCCUCCACAGUCGAGCUGUGACGGUAUUUAUGUCUGACUAAAUACACCCACUGAACAGAGAGUACAUACGCUGUCCAUUCUGAGGGUUACAUAACAGGACAUACAAAAAAUAAAAAAGCUCUUAAUUGUUUUUUUUUAUAUAAAACCUCAAAUAAACAAAAGCACAUAUUAUGCCUUGUUGUUGUUUAUUUAAUAGAAAAUAAGUCAAACUACAGAAGCAGUCCUGCAAAAAACUGAGCACAGACUCUUAUUCAGUACCACCCAUAGUAGGAUUAACUUGAUGUAAUAGUUUUGGUAUGACUUUAUGGGUCAUCUUUACAUCCUGACAUGCAAGUAUUUGUUCAUGCACAGCUCUCUGAAGGUCCCACAACAGUAUUUGAGUCAGGCUGAGGUUUGGACUGACCGGCUCAUUGCUGCACUUUGGUUCUUUUCACUUUCAGUGGUGUAGAUUUGCUGCUGUGCUUGGGAUCACUUUCUCUGAUGAUCCAGUUUCAGCCAAGCUUUAAUAUAAUAUUUUGGUGUACAGAGAAGUUGAUGUUGAACUCAAUAGCUGUGAGGUGGAUGAAUCAUCACGCCUCCAACACUGUCAGCUGUAACGAAGCAUGAAGUGAGCUUUGUAA